GCUAGCUGUGUGCUCUCAACACCUUGACUCAGACCUCACCUGCCUUCUCUGAAAUGGGUGGUGUUUGUUCUGCCUCCUGGGAGCUACUGUGAGGUCUAGUGAGAGACUGCUUGGCAGGCGUGUCAUGUGGGCUGUGCGUGGAGAGCGUCCUGUGUAUUUUAGCUUCCACUGGCAUUUAUUUGCAUGCGUAUGAGUUUGUUUUGGUGAGGGAGUUCACGUGCACUUCUCCGCGUUUCUGCCUGGAAUUUUCUGGCUGUGCCCUUGAAGUUGAAAGCAGCGGCUAUGAUACAGACUCAGGAGCGAAGCUGGGUGGGGAGAGCCUGCGCCAUCUCUCACCCUUUCCCGACCCUCGUUCUCCUCGUGGGGAAAUCACACCUGCCUCAUGGAGGUACCCUGAGGGUCAGGUUGGAGCAUGUAUGCUCGGUGCCAGGUUUCCUAGAGACCACUCGUUUAAAAGUGCCGGAGAUCAGAAUUUAUUCACUUCUAUUUACCCGACGCUUUCCCAGCAGCUUCCGAGAGAACCUAUGGAAUGGAGAAGGUCCUACGGCCGGGCUCCAAAGAUGAUUCACCUAGAAUCCAACUUUGUUCAGUUCAAAGAGGAGCUGCUGCCCAAGGAGGGAAACAAAGCCCUGCUGACGUUCCCCUUCCUCCACGUCUAUUGGACAGAGUGCUGCGAUACUGAAGUGUAUAAAGCUACAGUAAAAGACGACCUUACCAAGUGGCAGAAUGUUCUGAAAGCUCAUAGCUCUGUGGACUGGUUAAUAGUGGUAGUUGAAAAUGAUGCCAAGAAAAAAAACAAAACCAACAUUCUUCCCCGAACUUCUAUUGUGGACAAAAUAAGAAAUGAUUUUUGUAAUAAACAGAGUGACAGGUGCGUCGUGCUCUCCGACCCCUUGAAGGACUCGUCUCGAACUCAGGAAUCCUGGAAUGCCUUCCUGACCAAACUCAGGACGUUGCUUCUUAUGUCUUUUACCAAAAACCUAGGCAAGUUUGAGGAUGACAUGAGGACCUUGAGGGAGAAGAGGACUGAGCCCGGCUGGAGCUUCUGUGAAUAUUUCAUGGUUCAGGAGGAGCUCGCGUUUGUGUUUGAGAUGCUGCAGCAGUUCGAAGACGCGCUGGUGCAGUACGAUGAGCUGGACGCCCUCUUCUCGCAGUACGUGGUCAACUUCGGCGCCGGCGAUGGUGCCAACUGGCUGACUUUUUUCUGCCAGCCGGUGAAGAGCUGGAAUGGACUGGUCCUCCGCAAGCCCAUAGAUAUGGAGAAGCGUGAGCUGAUCCAGAGGCAGGAAGCCACUCUGUUGGACCUGCGCAGCUACCUGUUCUCUCGCCAGUGCACCCUGCUGCUCUUCCUGCAACGGCCGUGGGAGGUGGCCCAGCGCGCCCUGGAGCUGCUGCACAGCUGUGUGCAGGAGCUGAAGCUGCUGGACGUGUCCGUCCCGCCCGGCGCGCUGGACUGCUGGGUGUUCCUGAGCUGCCUGGAGGUGCUGCAGAGGAUAGAAGGCUGCUGUGACCGGGCACAGAUAGACUCUAACAUUGCCCACACUGUGGGUUUGUGGAGCUACGCCACAGAGAAGCUGAAGUCCUUGGGCUAUCUGUGUGGACUCGUGUCAGAAAAAGGACCUAACUCAGAGGACCUCAACAGGACAGUCGAUCUUUUGGCAGGUUUGGGAGCCGAGCGACCUGAAACAGCCAGCACAGCUCAGAGUCCUUACAAGAAACUCAAAGAAGCAUUGUCAUCAGUAGAAGCUUUUGAAAAACAUUACUUAGACCUGUCCCAUGCCACCAUUGAAAUGUACACGAGUAUUGGGAGGAUUCGAUCUGCUAAGUUUGUUGGAAAGGAUCUGGCUGAGUUUUACAUGAAGAAAAAGUCUCCACAAAAGGCGGAAAUCUAUCUUCAAGGAGCGUUGAAGAACUACCUGGCUGAGGGCUGGGCACUACCUGUCACACAUACGAGGAAGCAACUGGCUGGAUGUCACAAGCACCUUGGACAAAUGGAGAAGUAUCCUUUAACUAUUGCUUUAGUCAGUACGAUGGCCAUGACAGAGCCCCGCCUGUGUGUCUUCUGCCAGUGCGCCUGGGGAAGUAACACGGGGACAUAUGCCUUUGCAGGUGACAAUGUCAUCCUCCCUAUGCACUCUUUUGCACACCUGAAAGAUCUCCGUUUCACCCCGUCCAAUGCCGUGGUCCACGUGGGCGGUGUCUUGUCCCUGGAGAUCACGUUGUGCAGCCAGAUGCCCAUCCCUGUCCAUGUGGAGCAGCUGGCCAUCAGUGUCCACUUCAGCAUCGAGAAAAACAACUACCGGAAGACUGCUGAGUGGCUCACCAAGCACAAGACGUCUAACGGGAUCAUUAACUUCCCCAUGGAGAGCCCGCCUUUCCCCGCAGCCCCAAACAGCUCGCCCGCGCUGGAGCUGUAUGAGACGUUUGAGAGGAGUCCUUCCGAUAACUCGCUGAACACAACGGGCAUCAUAUGCAAAAAUGUUCACAUGCUCCUGAGAAGGCAGGAGAGCAGCGCCUCCCUGGACGUGCCCCCCGGGGUGACCGUGGAGGACGGGGCCCACGUGCUGAAGUGCAGUGCUGUGACUCUACAGCCUGGGGCCAAUGUCAUAACAUUCAGGACGCAGGCCAAGGAGCCGGGGACGUACACGCUGCGGCAGCUGUGCGCCUCCGUGGGCUCGCUGUGCUUCGUUGUCCCGCACAUCUACCCGCUGGCGCAGUACGACGUGUACUGCCAGGAGCCGCAGCUGCAUGUGGAGCCGCUGGCCGACAGCCUUUUGGCUGGUAUUCCUCAGAAGGUCAAGUUCACUGUCACUACUGGCCAUUAUACAGUGAAAAAUGGGGACAGCCUCCAGGUCAGCAAUGCGGAAGCCAUGCUCAUCCUGUGUCACACCGAGAACAGAGCGGUGAUCUAUUCCAACACGAGAGAAAAGGCUUCUGACGCGUCCCUCCGGGUCCAGUCGUCUGACAAGGUCACGAGCAUCAGUCUGCCGGCUGCGCCUGCGUACCACAUGAUCGAAUUUGAACUGGAAGUUCUCUCUCUACCUUCAGCUCCAGUAACUGGAGGGGAGAGCAGUGUGCUGGGGAUGGCAGAGCCCCAGAGGAAGCAUAAAGACACACAGAAAGCUGACCACCGCAUGGCUACCACAGACCACAAAGUGUCCAUCGACUGCCCGUGGUCCAUCUACUCCACUGUCAUCGCACUGACGUUCAGCGUCCCCUUCCGGACCACACACGCUCUGCUGUCGGCUGGGACCCGGAAAUACGUUCAAGUUUGUGUCCAGAAUUUGUCAGAACUUGACUUUGAACUGUCAGAUAGUGGUCUCGUCGAUACUGGGGACAGCACCGACCUGCAGCUGAUACCGCUGAACACGGCAUCCCCGCAGCACAUCUGCAGCCAGCAGUCGGUGUUCUUCGUCUGGGAGCUGACGUGGACACGAGAGCCUCCCCCUUCGCUGCGUGGCCGCUUCUCUGUGGGAUUCUGCCCAGCUUCUGAGGCACAGCUGUCUGUCCCCUUGAAGCCCUAUACUUAUGACUUUCAUGUGGAAAAUUUUUUUACGUUGUACAGUGUGAAAGCGGAGAUCCUGCCACCUGUGGGGACGGAGCACUGUAGGACAGGCUCACUCUGCCCCCUGGAGGUGUCCAUCACGCGCCUCUCGGACCUCCUGGAGGCGGACAGGGAUGAGGCCCUGACAGAGGCCGACGAGUAUUUUUCCACCAAGCUCAUGUAUGAAGUGGUCGACAACAGCAGCAGCUGGGCGGUGUGUGGCAAGAGCUCGGGUGUCAUCUCCAUGCCUGUGGCCGCGCGAGCCACUCACAGAGUCCACAUGGAGGUGAUGCCCCUCUUUGCGGGCUACCUGCCUCUUCCUGACGUCAGGCUCUUUAAAUACCUCCCACAUCACUCUGCGUACCCCUCACAAGCGGACGCUGAUAGCUGGAUAGAAAACGACAGCCUGUCGGUGGACAAGCACGUGGACGACCAGCUGGACAGCAGCAGCAUCAAGAGCCGGGGCAGCGUGCGCUCCGCCACCGGCAGCGAGCACAAAGGCUUGCCCAUGCCCCGGCUGCAGCCGCUGCCGCCCGGCCAGGUCUUCAGCUGCAGCGCGGGCGCGCAGGUCCUGGUCAUCCCCAGCGGAGACGACCACGUCCUGGAAGUCAGUGUCACAUGACCACGCCCAGGCUGGCGGGAGUGCGUUGAGGGGUCCUGACUGCACAUCCUAGCUCCGAGCAGACUCGGGGACUCGGCCUGGCCGCGGGGGCCUCCGAGUCUCAGUGUACAGCGCUCAGCAGAGUCCCAGCGUCCUGUGUGUCACCCGUGGUGUCAGGCUUCGUGUUCGUCUCUCAUCUCCCUGGUCCUCCGAGUCGGCCCCCUCCCACCCCACCCCCGGGUGCUCAUGAAAGGCCAUGGCAGGCGGCUUCCCCCCGGGUGGCCUUUCGUCUGCUGGUUCUAUGUGGAGGGACUUAGCAGUGACACGUGUGUGCCUUUCUGGUCACACGGCCGCCCAGCUUCUGGACCAGGAAGCUUUGUAAGUCUCCCCAGGUGUA